AUGUCUAAAAACAAUAAAAUAUUUGACGAAUACUUUGCCAACCAGGAUACAGUACCCUCUUUGCAUAGUAAUUUUAGUUCAAUACAAGUUGACAUCUUAGAAAUCUUUGAUAAAUUAAGUAAUUUAGAUUCCACUACACCCGAAUACGAAAGUUUAAUCGAAACUUUACAAGUUAAACAAGUACUAUUGGAAAAUAUAUUAGAAGAAUUAACUGAUUGGAUCAACCUAGAUUCUAUCGAAGGAGAGAAAUACUUAGAAGAUAAAUACAAUAUUAAUAAUCAAACUAUUAAAAUUCUUUUAGAACAUAAAAAAAGAAAGUCUUCCGAUCCAUCUAUCAACCCUAACCCUACUAAAAAAGGAAGCAUGGCUAAUCUUCAUGUUAACUUUCCAACCUCACCCGUAAAUGAACCGAUAGAAUUAAGAGAAGAUGAUGAAGGAGAUCUUUAUGAAUUUAAUCCUAAUAUAUCCAAUACUGAAAAUUUCGAAGACGCCUCUGAUAAUUAUGAAGAUAAACCUGACGAAACUAUGGAAGCAAAUGAUAAUAAUUCUUGGAGCCACUCACAUUAUAAAAAUUUCUUAACUUACGCACUUCCUCUUCUACCUUUUGUUUGCCGAGAACCUUUUAUCUUUUUUUGGAAUGCUUUAGUCAAGCUAAGAAGAGAACAAUUUAAAUAUAAUAUCGAUUUA